UUCUCACCUAGCAGCCACAAUGCCACCCCUUCCAUGCUUUCCGGCUACUUUCAUUCCUGUCCAGUUCCCAUCACAAAAUUCUUCCCAGGCUGAGAGCCUGGAAUUCUCACAGACGUCUCCCUUGGCAAUGCGCUCUGCUUGGCAAAGCAGAUCCCCAGAGCUCAUGCCAAACGAGAGCAGCUCAGAAAUCUCAGGAGAACACGUGCAGCUUUCAGAUUCAGGGAUAAGCACCGAGCCACUGCUUCAGUCUACAGAGAGCGCCACAAAAAACCUUUCCAGACAAGAUGCUCAAGAAGAGAACAGAAAAGAAAAGAAAGAGAACAGUCGAUUAAAAAAAAAAAGGAAUUUCUCUGAAACUUUUUCUGCUGCUAAAGAAGAACAAAGAGAACAACUAAAGGAGGAGAUUUCUUCAUCUCAGUUUGGCAUAGAAGGGAAGAUGAAGACUGGAAAUACAGAAGCCAGGCAAAUCACACCAGCAAUUGGUAUUAGACAGAAGACUUCUGAAAAAUUUGUUGAAGAGCAACUUAAAGCAGACAAUCAUCUCAUAGAAAAGCAGCAGAAGGAGCAACAGGGCAAGCCAAAAAUAACACCUCGAAAGCUUUUUCUGAAACGAAGAGAGGGCAUAGCCAGGCUCAAAAAAAUUAAGCAGAGGCCUGUAAAAGAGGACAGCAAGAAUUCCAGAAGAGCUGGUUUGAAUUUCUGGGGUCAUUUCUCCCAGUCUAGCCAAGUGAACAGAGGCAUACUACAGCCAGGAGAAUGCUCUCAGCUAAAUCUGCAGGUCAGUAGCUCCAUGCAGAUGGAUACACAUGAAAAAAAGCCAGACUGUGCUUUAGCUGAGAGGGAGAUGAAGGUUAAGACUGACUGUGAAGCAAAAGUAGUUGAGCAAAGUGCAGAAGAAAAAGAAGUGAUUGGGGGAGAUAAAGACUUAAAGGAAAAUCUUGGUGACACACCACAGAGAAGAUGGCCUGAAAUCCUGCAACCACGUCCCAAAACAGCAACAGACACAAACCUACAAGUAGGAGAGGAGCUGGAGACUCAUCACAUGGGUCCUUUAGAACAAGUAGGCAAAACUGCUGGAAGAGCUGUGGAGGGUACUCUGCAAAAGGACCUAGGUAGGGUGGAUCAGCCUCUGAAAGGACAUCUCAUAGAGGGAGCAAAAACCCCCUUGGAAGUCCUACAGAGGCAUUAUCCACUCCAGGGUUUAGAUACAGAUCACAUCAAGGAGGCAGAGUGGAGUGCAGGUCCUGCAUUCACACAGGGUCAGAACUGGGUUCAGGUAUGCCCACAGGAAGUUGUGGACAGCCAGAACUUGGAAAGCAAGAGGCAAAUCCAUACUGGGUUUAAGGUGGUCAAUGAUAAAAUAAUAAAAAUUACAUGUAGCUCACCUGAGGCUGUGGAGAAGGGAAGCUCAGCCUUGCAGCAAGAGUGGCAAAGGAGGGGAACAGUUGCCUCCAAAUGGCAAGUUGCAUCUUUCUCCUGUGAGUCAAACUGCUUACCCCCAAAAAGUAAUAAUGACCCCAAAUCUCACCAUGCUCAAUAUCCCUCCCAGCAUGUGCCUCAGGGAGUGGAUCACACUGGCAGGCAUUUGGAUCUUUCUGAUGGUGAUUAUGCUAGUGAUGAACCCAGUGGAACAGAAAAAAUCUCUCUGAGGAAAUACUGCAGAUCACCACCAAGAAAACAAGAUAUUCAAGCAAUUUCAGGUCAACAAGAUCUCUCCUGCAGCACAAGCAGCAGUGAUUCUAGUACUGGAGCUGUCAGUCUGAAAGGGAGCAAGGCUCGCUCUUCUUUUCGUCAGUCCCUAUUUCAGCUCACAAGAUUGAAAAGGAGAGAGCAUGAGCCUGAGUCAAAGAAUGAGAACAGGACUAGCAAUGUUAAAAGCCUACAUCUGCCAUCUUCAAGAGAGGCUCAUGAGAUUCCUGCUUUCAAGAUUAAAGAAAGCCCUGAAGUGGAAGAACUACAAAAAAACAUGAUUGCAGACACAUCCGAUACCUGUCCAGAAGAAUCCCAGACUAUCCUUAGCAGAGGAUUAGAGAUUGACGUAUACCGCAGAGGAACCCCUUCACUGACCAUGGUGAAAGAGGAACAUGAGGAAGCAAUGCAUUUUUGCAGAACACGAAUAGACCAGCUCGAGACUGUCAGGAGACAGGAGUUGGCUCACCCUUUGGAAUACAGUAGAGAUCAAGCUCACCCACUGCAGAAAGAAAAAAUUGCCCAGAACAAGUUCAAAGGAGCAGCUAGAGUCACUGGAGAACAUGUGAAGUCAGAAGAAAUGCAAAUAUUAAAACAGCAGAUUGCUGGACUGCAGGAGGAGUUCAAGAGAACUGAGUCCUACUGGCGUGCUGCCUACAGCAAACUGAGAGACCAGGUUGAGUUGCUGACCAGGCAGAACAUGGAGCUUCGAGAUGAGCUCAGAGUUUCAGAACAUCAGAGAUGGAAAGCAGAAAAAAACCCUAAAGCUAUGAACUUCAUGGACAGAAAAUCAGAGACCCCGGUUGCAGAAGCUAUUCUGCGAGGGACAGCAUCUUCAUCCAAACCAGAAGAAAGUUCAUGGAGAGAUAAUCACAAGAGACACAGCAUCUCUCAUGUGGGGCUGAAGACAUCUUUGCAAAAACACUUUCUUAGAGAUGUGAAUAGUAAAGGCAUAAAUAGUUCUGUGCAAAAAGCUGAUCCUUUGAGAUCGGUGACAAAGGAACACCAAGAAAAGAAAUCAUCUAACUGCUCCAUUGGUAGAAGCACGACACCAACUGGCAGGAGGACUCCUCAUCAGGGAAGACUGACACCUUUUGAACCAGACAAAGUUGUACAUCAGCUCUCUCCUACUGGAGGAAGGUAUAAUGGUAGGAAAUCACCUGGAGCUGUCUCACAUCUGAGUGGUUGUUUUAAGGAGCCCAGCUCAUCUUCCUGUGUAAAAGGGACACCUUUGCCCAUUUCAUAUAGCUCAGAAGACACAUCCCUCUCACAUAACCACAGCAAUGACACUUGCAGCUUUGCACCCUGCAAGAACAACGAAGAAACAGAGGAAGAAGAAGCUCUUAAAAAGACAGAAAAAUUGCUAAGAGCUCAGAAUAAAGUGGCUUUUGUGACUACGCACAGGAGAAGUGGCAUAACUGCAUGUGGCAACAAAGUAUCUACAGACAGUUCUCCUGCUUCUCUGGACCCUCAAACAAAGCCUCCAAAAUCAAUAUUAUCUAGAAGGUCAACGUUACAUCAAGAAAGAAGAAAGCAUGAGGAAGAGGUGCAGGAAAAAAUAGAGUAUCAUGAUGGAAAGGUAGAAGAGGUGCUUUCUGAUGGACGCCGAAUCCUCACUUUCCGCAAUGGUACUAAAAAGGAAAUUAGUGCUGAUAAAAGGAUGACAACGAUUAGCUUUUCCAAUGGAGAUGUAAAGAAGAUCAUGCCGGAUCAGAGGGUGAUUUAUUAUUAUGCAGAUGCACAGACAACUCACACUGCUUAUCCAGAUGGCCUGGAGGUGCUGCAGUUCUCUAAUAAUCAGAUAGAAAAGCAUUAUCCUGAUGGCACACAAGAAAUUGUGUUCCCAGAUCACACGGUGAAGUGCCUCUAUAGUGAUGGACUGAAGGAAACUUUUUUCCCAGAUGGCACAGUAGUAAAAGUAGAAAAGAAUGGAGAUAAAAUCGUGGUAUUCAGUGAUGGCCAAAGAGAGAUUCACACUGCGCAGUUCAGGAGGAGGGAGUACCCAGACGGCACCGUGAAAACUGUGUUCAGCAAUGGCAGACAGGAAACCAAGUACUCCACUGGACGAGUUCAAAUCAAAGAUGAGGAGGGUAAUCUCAUCCUAGAUAAGAAGUGAUUCCUCCCUGCAGGGGACUGCACUGUACAUAUGCAGCUCAAGCCGUUUUCUUGGCAGGCCAGAACUGUAAGGAAGAUUUAACUUGGGAAAAUGAAUGGAUGGAUCUGUAGGGUUGAAAUUACUUUGGCUCAGCAACUGGUGCUUAGACUGGAAAAACCCUACCUGAAUGAAAUGUCUCUUGAGUGAGACUGAAGGAGAUGCAGUCACGCCCUCCUUGUGUAUUCAACAUUAAAAUAAAUACCUACAGUAUUUCUCAUCAAAGUGUUUUUUUCAUGGUACUGAUCGCACUUUUCCUAUUUUUUCUGCAAUUUGCUAUGGAAGUGACUACAAUUAAGAACUAUGGCAUAAGAACCUCAAAUAAGAACCAAUAGUUCCGUGCUGUCAUAUGCUGACUAAAGUAAAUCUACAUAAGGUUUUUAUUUCCUUAGUUAAUUAUCACAAAAGGUCUGGAAGUGAUUAAGGUUUUCAGUUUGUUUGGAUUUUUUGGAGCAGAAUUUCCCAGCAUGUAUGAGGGCUUAUCAUGAGCUGGACAUUAGAUCAAAAACCUGAGCAGGAAUGGGGUGAACAGUCACAGCUCGGGAUGUCCCUUCCAACCAAAGUUAUUCAAUAAUUAUACGAUCAAAAUCUAAAAACUCUGCCUCAUGCAUUUGAAAAUAAAAUGCAAUGUUUGUUCCAUCCUAGUAAUUAUUCUGGAUCAAAGAUCUGGAUCUUCUGGAUCUUUCUUCUUCCUACAGCAAUCUUUCCUCUGUGUUGCUUUGUCUUUGAAAUAACCUUUCCCACUACUGCUUUUAUUCUUCCUGUAGUGCAAAAAUAUUUCUGGUCAGUGCAUCUCUCCACAUGUAAGGUUCUUUGGAUGGCACUUGAUACUUAGAGGGAUUAAUAAUUUAUCAGAUGCUGCUUUCAACUGCCUUCCCCAUAGACUGCUUGUCAGAAAACCAUAGAAGAGUUUGGAUUGGAAAGGACUUUAAAAAUCAUCUAGUUCCAACUCCCCCUGCCAUGGGUAGAGACACCUUCCACUAGACCAGAUUGCUCAAAGCCCCAUCCAACCUUCAACACUUCCAGUGAAGUGAAUUUUUCCAUAUCACUGAAACUCUUCUCUUGUAGAGCUCAGCUAUUACCUGCCCACUGACUGAGAUACCAAAUUAUCUCUUUAUGCCCUUCAAACAAGUACUCUCCCAUGGCAUACUGCUUUGGCCUUUUCUCACACCUAAGUGCAAAAAUUGCAACAUUAUGGAAUUACUCACUCUUCUCUUCUGUUUCCAGGGGCUCAUACAAUCAAAAAAUCACCACUCAAAUUGCAGAGCAUCUUUCAAAGAAAGAGCAAGAAGCAUUGCUGAUAUUUACCAUACACAUGCUUCAGUUUAUCAAUUUAAUUAUGAGGCUGUGAGCAUCCAUGCAGUUUGAUAUCAGCUUGUGUAAUGAUAAAAUUGCAUUGUUUUCCCUUAACUGCUUCAUAACACUCCUGCUUUCCACUACUGAAAUAUUUAAUAUAUUUUAUUUGUUUUUUAAAAGAAAACUUUAAUCAAAAUGAAUUCAAGGCAUCAUUCUUUUCCAUGUGUUUCACUAAGAAUUUCAGUUUGUGCUACCUUAUGCUGACCAAAACAAAUCUAUGUUGAUUUUUUUUCUCAAUUAAGCAUCAUAAAAAAUUGAAUGUGGCUAGUGUUUUCAGUUUGGCUGGGAAACUAGAUAUGAUACCAAUGUUUUAUAAAGAACCAUUGUUUUUAUUCCCAAGAAUUCCUUUAACAAAAGGUCCCUGUUCUCCGCUUAAAAUGCUGACAUUCUUUUUGUUUCUGUAGUAAAUCAGAAAACAGGCUUUGCUCGGAGCUUUUAGCCUUAAAUCACUGUUUGCUAUUCAAUAACCUGUCACUGAAUCAUAGAAUUCUGUGGAUAAGUAAUCCCUCCUAAUUGUAAACUAA